AGAAAAGGUGUUCAAGUUGCAAACAGUACUGUGAGACCAUGGCUACACUGAGAAGCCUGUUGCUUCUCUUUCUAUCAUGUUUUUGUAUGCAGUCUUUAUUUUCUUCCUAUGCAGAAACACUGAUAGCUGACAUGAAGCAAGGCCAACAGCUGAGUGACCUGGCUUCUGAUCAUCUGGUUUCGGAUAAUGGGUUCUACAAGUUGGGAUUCUUCAGUCCUGGCUCUGUUAGUGACCUUGGUGCUACAACUAAUCGUUUCUUGGGAAUAUGGUACAGCAAACUACCAAAUCAUCCUGAUGCAAUCUGGGUGGGGAACCUGGAAAACCCGAUCAACGAUUCAUCUGCUGUGUUUAUGUUGGAUAACGAAGGGAAGUUGAAGAUCGUAUAUGAUGGAGGCCUAAUAUAUCUGUCAGACGUCAAUCAAACAAUUUCUGGUAAUGUCACUGUCUCUUUACUCGGUACUGGAAAUCUUGUCUUGAGAGAAUUGGAUUCAAAUGGAGCACCUGGAAGUGUUAUAUGGGAAAGUUUUAGGAAUGCAACAAACACAUUGCUGCCUGGAAUGAAGUUAGGAAGGAACAUCAAGACUGGAGAGAAUUGGACUAUAACUUCAUGGUUGAGUGAUCAGUCCCCUGUACCCGGGGCUUUCAAGCUCGGUGUUGAUCCCAGUGGCGCUGACGAAUUGAUCGUCUGGCGGCGAGAGGAGGUAUACUGGAGAAGUGGAGUCUGGGAAAAUGGAAACUUUCAGCAAGCCCCUGAUUUGACAAAAAGGGAUGAUUUGUUUUGGUUCACUUUUGUUUCAACCAGUGAGGAAAAGUACUUCUCUUAUUAUCUCAAGAACAAUCUCACUCUAGAUGAGCCUGAAAACAAUACUACUAUAUCAAGAUGGGAACUGAAUGCUUGGGGGCAAAUAUUGCAGUCAGUUCUAUCUGCAAACGGUAGCAUAUGGGAAACCACAGCUAUAGGUCCUUGCAUAUUCAACCCUAAAUAUCCAGAUGCUGUGUGCAUAGAGGAAGAGGCCUCUGAAUGCAGGAAUGGAUCUGAGCUGUUUGUUCGAACAAAAGGCUAUCUGAAUGGAACUGAAUCAACACACACUGAUAACAGUACUAACCUGACUCUCAGUGAUUGUCACGCUACUUGCUGGAGCGAUUGCACCUGUAUUGGCUAUGAAGCAAUGAACAAGAAUGGAUCUGGAUGUCGGUUUUAUAAGGAAGGAGUAAAGUUUGUUCGGAGCGAUUACUUUGGAGUUGCUUAUCUCUUAACAAUAGCGACCAAAGAUGGGAGUUCAAGGAAAAGAUGGUGGAUGUGGUGCAUCACAGGCAUUCUAAUUGGGGUGGCACUGCUACUUGCAAGCUACUUGUGUUACAGCUACAAAAAGAAAAUAAAACUUAGACUUGGGCAACAGACUGAUACAGCAAAGGUGGAAACAAGUCAAGACCACAGAUUACUUGAGUUGGGGCAUCAAACUACCGGGAUUGAGGAAAUAUACAGGCUCAAAAUAGGCAAAAGGAGAGGACAGGAGUUUAAGAUGUACAGUUUUUCGGAGAUAGUGGCAGCAACAGAUGAGUUUUCAUUUGCCAGCAAACUAGGAGAGGGUGGUUUCGGACCAGUUUACAAGGGGGUACUGCCAGGUGGGGAAGAGGUAGCAGUAAAGAGACUUUCAAGACAUUCAGGACAGGGACUAGAAGAAUUCAUGAACGAGAUUACACUUAUUGCUGAACUUCAACAUAGUAAUCUUGUUCAGCUUUUGGGAUGUUGCAUUCAAGGAGAAGAGAAGAUUUUGAUCUAUGAAUUCAUGACAAAUACAAGUUUGGAUGCUGUCCUCUUUGAUUCCAUCAGAGGGAAGCUUUUAGAUUGGCCUAGACGUGUCAACAUUAUUGAAGGGGUUGCACAAGGACUUCUUUAUCUACACAAGUAUUCUAGAGUUAGAGUUAUACACAGAGAUCUGAAGCCUAGUAACAUUUUACUUGACGGAAACAUGAAUCCCAAGAUAUCAGAUUUUGGUAUGGCCAGAAUUUUCACACAGAAUGAAUCUAGAGCAAAUACAAACAGAGUUGUUGGAACAUAUGGUUAUAUGUCUCCAGAAUAUGCAAUGAAUGGCAUCUUCUCAGAGAAGUCAGAUGUUUAUAGCUUUGGAGUACUACUGCUGGAGAUAGUGAGUGGAAAAAAGAACACUAUAUUUGUUUCAUCUACUGCUCUCAGCCUUAUUGAACUUGCCUGGAAUUUGUGGAAACAAGGUGAUAGUCGGGACCUAGCAGACACAUCACUGGACUCAUGCCCCAAGGACCAAGUCUCAAAGUUUGUUCAUGUGGGGCUCUUAUGUGUUCAAGAACAUGCAAUGGAUCGACCUACAAUGUCAGAAGUGAUAUCCAUGCUUACAAGCGAUAUCAUGUUUUUGCCUGAUCCAAAACAACCUGCCUAUGGUACCUCUAGAAGUGAAGCUGGGUCAUCGCUACCCGAUGGGAGGUCAGAUAUUGAAUCUAUAAAUGGUGUAUCCAUAACCGUGAUGGAAGCUAGAUAA